AUGGUCCAGUUUCCAGGAUCUGGAGACUCUCCACUAGAAGAUGAUGAAGUCGGGUACUCACACACUAGAUAUAAAGACACCCCUUGGUGCUCCCCCAUCAAGGUGAAGUACGGGGAUGUGUACUGCAGGGCCCCGCCAGGAGGCUACUACAAAACAGCCCUGGGAACCAGGUGCGACAUUCGCUGCCGGAAAGGCUAUGAGCUGCAAGGCUCGUCGCAGCUGGUCUGCCAGUCAAACAAACGGUGGUCGGACAAGGUCGUCUGCAAGCAAAAGCGAUGUCCUACCCUGGCCAUGCCAGCCAACGGAGGGUUCAAGUGCGUAGACGGCGCCUACUUCAACUCCCAGUGUGAAUACUACUGCUCCCCAGGGUACACACUGAAGGGGGAGCGCACUGUCAUGUGCAUGGACAACAAGGCCUGGAGUGGCCGAGCAGCCUCCUGUGUUGAUAUGGAACCUCCUAGAAUCAAGUGCCCAAGUGUGAAGGAACGGAUUGCUGAGCCCAAUAAGCUGACAGUUCGUGUGUCCUGGGAGACUCCGGAGGGACGAGACACAGCUGACGGCAUUCUCACUGAUGUUAUUCUAAAAGGCCUCCCCCCAGGCUCGAAUUUCCCAGAAGGGGACCACAAGAUCCAGUACACAGUCUAUGACAGAGCCCAGAACAAGGGCACUUGCAAGUUUCGAGUUAAAGUAAGAGUCAGACGCUGCGGCAAACUCAACGCCCCAGAGAAUGGUUACAUGAAAUGCUCCAGUGAUGGCGACAAUUACGGAGCCACCUGUGAGUUCUCCUGCAUCGGUGGCUACGAACUCCAGGGCAGCUCUGCCCGAGUAUGUCAGUCCAAUCUGGGGUGGUCUGGCACAGAGCCCAGCUGCACAGCCAUGAAUGUCAACGUGGGCGUCAGAACCGCAGCAGCCCUUCUGGAUCAGUUUUAUGAGAAAAGGAGGCUCCUUAUUGUGUCCACACCCACAGCCCGGAACCUUCUCUACCGACUACAGCUGGGGAUGCUACAGCAAGCGCAGUGCGGCCUGGAUCUUCGCCAUAUCACCGUGGUGGAGCUGGUGGGUGUGUUCCCUACCCUCGUCGGCAGGAUAGGAGCAAAGAUCAUGCCUCCAGCUUUGGCGCUGCAGCUCAGGCUGCUGCUGCGAAUCCCACUGUACUCCUUCAGCAUGGUGCUGGUGGAUAAGCAUGGCACGGACAAGGAACGCUAUGUCUCCCUGGUGACGCCUCUGACUCUCUUCAACCUGAUCGACACUUUCCCCUUGAGAAAAGAAGAGAUGGUCCUGCAAGCAGAAGUGGGCCACACUUGUACGACCUGACGUGAAGGCGCCGCUUCUCGACGCUGAUCUUGCUACAAAGCUAUGUCCAUGGAAAGGCCUUAAACAGAUCCUUGAUGUACAGAUUUUUAUUUGUAAUUUUUAAAGUCUAUUUUAUUAUGAGCUUGCUUUGCACUUAAAUUAGCACAUGCUUUUUGUACUCUGAAAUACUUUUUAACUCCCUUCCAUCAGGGCUGGUUAAUUUUGUAGAGAAAUUAGAAACCACAACCAUCAGCAUCCUUAACAGGUGGUGUUCUAUGUCACACCUUUCUUCUCUAGUUUUUUAUAUGAAACCUUUUAUAAACUUAAUAA